AUGUUCAAGGAUAUGAACCUGCAGAGUACUUCAUCGAGAAGAGAUACACGAACAGAAUUCCGUCGUCUCUAUGGAGAAUUGAACCCACAAGACCCACAACUGAUUGCUCUGUUAUCCUCAUUAAUACCAGAUACUUUACAAGAACAAUGGUCUCAAAAACCUGAAGAUGGGUGUACUCAGGAAUUUAUCGAUUCAUUACCAAGAGUAUCUAUAGGUACAAUUAAAAAGGAUGAACUUUGUUCCAUCUGUUUUGAAAAUUUCCAUGAUGAUGAAUACCCAUUACUGGUGAAAUUACCUCAUUGUGGACAUAAAUUUGAUUUACAAUGUAUCGCAGUAUGGUUAGGCACAAAUAGAACUUGCCCUGUCUGUAGAGAUAAUGUAAUGGAACAACAGGAUAAAUUGAAGGGACUAGAUACUUCGAAAGUUGAGCUUGAAGAGGACUGGGGAAUGUACGGCUAA